AUGGUUGCCGCCGCCGCCGCAACAGGAUUCGUCAUUGCCGUCGCUGAUGGUGUCCCGCCUGCGGUGCCAAAUGACGUUUUGCUGCUGCAAGAGCACCAGAAGUACCGCCGCCGCGUUCGUCGCCAGAUUCGAACACGCGACAAAAUGAGCAAGGCGGUGAAGGUGAAGCAGAAGAAGCAGAUGAAAAUAUCGAAACUGUCGAAAAUGACGCGUCAGCGCGAAAUGACAGACAUGUUUGACGCCGACAGUCUCGACGACAUAGAAGAUAUGUCGGUGGCGGUGGCAAAAAAAUGGGAGCCGUCGAAAAUUUCGACGGCCGCUGUAUACAGCGCAAUUCUGCACCAUCCGCCAGGUCCGCUAGCGCAUCCCAUUUCGAUUGGACUGUCGAAAACGGCACCAAUGCCGAAAUUCGUUCCCACCACCACCACUACACCGCCAACAUUAUUCAUUGGUGUUACACUACCGUUUACCACCAAGGGAUGGAACCAUAUUGCCAAAAUUCAAAGGUUAUGCGUCAAUUCGACGCACAACAAUAGGCUCGCGCUAUCGCUUUCGCCGCUUCCCAUUGUUUCGACGUUAUUCGACAACUUCGACAUUCCGAAUCAGCGAAUGCGUUGGGAUCGUGCCGUUGAACGAGUGCGUUCUCGACAACCGUUCAGCGGCAAAAGUCUAUUUUCGCCGGCGCACGUAUUCGAUGAGAAUGAGAUUGACGAGCAGAAGAAGCCGAUGUUACGAUCACCGAGUCGCAAAACGGCGGCGGCGGCGACAACUCGAAAAAAUGAGAACAUAUUCGCUGCUGUUAUUCAGACAUUGCUUCAUAAAGAGGAACCAAAUAAAGCCCUUGUUGGUCCACCAACAAAUGUGCGCGUCGAAGCGACGAGCAAUUCAUCAGCGGUCGUCCAAUGGGAUUUCGAAGCCUCUCAGGUUGACUCAUUCGUCGUCAAGUAUAUGCACGAACCCGGCAAUCGGAUGGACACUGACAAAUGGACGCAGCAGCCGAUCGCCGGUCAUUUGCGCCAUUUCGAAGUCACAUCGCUCAACGCACACAAACCAUACGCGUUUUGUGUUUUGGCUGUCAAAAACAAUAGACAAGGACCGUGCUCAGACCCUCCAGUUGUUCUUGAAUCUGUCACCCCAACUUAUAUGGUUGAAAAUCUGCGAGUUCGUUGGAAGACGAGUAACUCGGUGCAGCUCACUUGGGACUAUCACGGGCCUCGAAAUGUGGGGUUCUAUGUGAAUCAUACUGGCCGAAAGGAAUACCUCAACCAUGAACUUCAACUCAAAACCAUGACCACACCUGGUUUCGGGCAAGACUUGGACGAGAAGACGCGCGAAUAUCUGUGGACGAAUCUUCGACCUCAUAUGACUUUCACGUUCCAUGUUGGAGUCAGAUCACUUCCACCAGGAGCUCGAAAAUAUUGGCCGAAAGAGGUUACGACGCGAACUGAUCCAACUAGUCCACCAUACGUCGAAGCGCCAACAUUGAUUGAUUCAAGCGCUGCUCAAGGCGGACAGCAAUAUGUGAAGUUGUCGCCAGCAACUGAAGAGUAUGGAGAAAUCUCGCACUAUUGGAUCAUUGUUGUUCCGGCGAAUUACAGUGCGGAAGACAUCAGCAAUUUGGACCCGAUCGAACUCGAAAAACUAACAGCCGACAAAAGAUCUCAAAUCGCGAACUCUGUGAGUCUGUCACCAGCCCGAAAACUCAAGAAACGACGUGCUGAGAAUGACGAAGGCGAUGACAUCAAAUAUGGACCAAAGGUCAAACGUGCGAGGCGGGCGACGGCACCCGGCGCGUAUGUCACCGCUAGGCUCAGUUCGACCAAAGUACAACAGUUGUAUGUGAAUAAUCAGCCGUUUGUUGUCGGCGAUUCACAGUUGUAUGACGGGUUCACCAACUAUCCGCUCGAGCCGAACACACAAUAUCGUUUAAUGAUGCGCGUUUUUGCGAAAAAUGAUGUCAAAAAAGAUGCGUUUGAACAACGAGCACCAAUGAGCGAGAAAUUGUCAAAGAUGUAUUCGGAUUCAGUGCUCACCGAGCCGUUCACAACCCGAUCUGCACUUCGCGGAGCUGGCCAGAAGUCGUCACCAUGGAUUGGCGCCUGUAUCGCGUUCUUUGUGUUAUUCUCGAUUGUCGCAAUGCUCAUUUGCUGGUGGUUGCGUUGCAAUAAGAAAUCGCCUGGACGCCAACCGCGACAUGGCUCAAUCACCAAAGUGGCGCUUACCGGAAAUAUUAUGAAUGGACAGAAUGUGCCAGGAGAAACUAGUAAAUUGCUCGCCAACUCGACGGACUAUGGAAGACAGAUAAUGAACCCGUACGAUCAGAAUCGACAUAUGGAAUCAUCAAUGGAUCUCUAUCCGCUUCCCACUAAUCGAAUGAAUGGUUAUGCACCAGUACCAGUUCCAUUGCCCUGCUUACCGACCAAUGGGGCUGCCACACCGAACUCUUCAGUUAUUCAUCCACCGAUUCCGAUUGCUGAACUUGCUAACCACAUUGAGAGACUUCGAAUGAACAACAACGCUGGGUUCCAACAAGAAUUUGAAUCAAUUGAGACUGGUCAACACUUCACAUGGGAACACUCAAGCUCUGACAUUAAUAAGCAUAAGAAUAGAUAUGCAAAUGUGGCCGCUUAUGAUCAUUCUCGAGUUGUUCUUUCAAAUGUCGAUGGACUACCCGGAUAUGAUUAUAUUAAUGCUAACUAUAUUGAUGGAUAUGACAAGCCGAAAAGUUAUAUUGCCACACAAGGUCCUUUGCCUGAAACAUUCGGGGAUUUCUGGCGUAUGGUUUGGGAAGAAGGAUCGGCGACAAUUGUGAUGCUGACGAAUCUUGAGGAACGAAAUCGAGUCAAAUGUGAUCAGUACUGGCCGAGUCGCGGCAGUGCCACUUAUGGAGAUGUGCAAGUGACACUCCUCGAGACUGUCCAACUCGCGCAUUACACCAUGAGAACUAUGAGAUUACAAGUGGCCGGUGAACCCGAAGUUCGAGAGAUUAAGCAUCUUCAAUAUACCGCAUGGCCGGACCAUGGUGUUCCUGAUCAUCCGACGCCAUUCCUCGUUUUCCUGAAGAGAGUCAAGACGCUGAACUCACCAGACGCUGGACCGAUUAUAUCACACUGCAGUGCAGGAAUAGGGAGAACCGGAGCAUUCAUAGUCAUUGAUUGUAUGCUCGAAAGACUGCGGUAUGAGAACACCGUUGAUAUCUAUGGCUGCGUAACAAACUUGCGAACUCAAAGAUCCUACAUGGUUCAGACGGAAGAACAGUACAUCUUCAUCCAUGAUGCUGUAUUGGAUGCGGUUAACAGUGGAUCUACGGAAGUUCCAGCUUCAAGGCUUCAUCAACACGUCCAAGCUCUCAUGCAACCAACUGUUGAUGGAAUUUCUGGAAUUGAAAUGGAGUUUAGGCAUUUGACUACACUGAAAUGGACUAAUAAUCGAUGUCAAGUUGCUAAUUUGCCAGUGAAUCGCAGCAAGAAUCGCGUGUUGAGCUCGGUUCCAUUCGAUUCGAAUCGCGUCAUUCUGCAAAUGAUUCCUGGAAUUGACGGAUCUGAUUAUAUCAAUGGAUCGUGGAUCGAUGGGUACAAGGAAAGACAAGCUUAUAUGGCAAUGCAAGCGCCGCUCAAUGAAACAGCUGCUGAUUUCUGGCGUGCGAUUUGGGAACACAACAGCUCUGUAAUUGUGAUGCUUGUGAAUACCUGGGAACGAGGACAAGAACAGUCCAGCGAGUACUGGCCGCUGGAAACUGGAGUACAAGUCGGCAAAUUGGUUGUUGAGCCGAUUGCGGAAUAUAACAUGGAGCACUACGUCCUCAGAGAGUUCAGGCUCACUGAUUUCCAGACAAAUGAAACUCGGACGGUUCGUCAUUUCCAGUUUAUUGAAUGGCCCGAAUAUGGAAAGCCUGAUUCUGCGGAGCACUUUAUUGAUUUUGUUUCUCAAGUACACCGCGCGUAUUCCCAGUUCGGAAUCAGUGGACCAAUCACGGUACACUGUACUUCAGGAGCUGGACGAACCGCGGUGUUUAUUGCACUGGCUAUAAUUUUGGAUCGCAUGCGAUCCGAGCAUGUUGUCGAUGUAUUUACAACGGUGAAACUCUUGCGUACCGAGCGACAGAAUAUGAUUCAGGACACUGAGCAAUAUCACUUUUUGUAUCAGGCCGCUUUCGAGUAUCUUGCUUCGUAUGACAAUUUCACGUCGUAG